GGUUCCUUGAGCCACUCUACUGUAUGUUUCUUUUCUGUUUUAUUAAAUUCUGUGCACUGUUAUUUCUUCUUGUAAUUUCUCUGAAUUUACUUUAUUGCUCGUUUUCUAUUGUGAAAUGUCUAGUUCAUUACUUGAGACUUAAGAUUAAAGCUUAGUUCGCUUUCUGCCCGUGGACGCCGCAGAGUAAGCAUCGUUUAAGUCUCCCCUCCCACCGCCGUCAUGUCUAAGUCAGAGUCUCCCAAAGAGCCUGAACAGCUGCGGAAGCUCUUCAUCGGAGGUUUGAGAUUUGAAACAACCGAUGAGAGUCUGAGGAGCCAUUUUGAGCAAUGGGGAACGCUUACGGACUGUGUGGUAAUGAGAGAUCCAAACACCAAGCGCUCCAGAGGCUUUGGGUUUGUCACAUAUGCCACUGUGAAGGAGGUGGAUGCAGCCAUGAACGCAAGGCCACACAAGGUGGAUGGAAGAGUUGUGGAACCAAAGAGGGCUGUCUCAAGAGAAGAUUCUCAAAGACCUGGUGUCCACUUAACUGUGAAAAAGAUUUUUGUUGGUGGCAUUAAAGAAGACACUGAAGAACAUCACCUAAGAGAUUAUUUUGAACAGUAUGGGAAAAUUGAAGUGAUCGAGAUCAUGACUGACCGAGGCAGUGGCAAAAAGAGAGGUUUUGCUUUUGUAACAUUUGAUGACCAUGACUCUGUAGACAAGAUUGUCAUUCAAAAAUACCAUACUGUGAAUGGCCACAACUGUGAAGUAAGGAAAGCCCUAUCUAAGCAAGAGAUGGCUAGUGCUUCAUCCAGCCAAAGAGGUCGAAGUGGUGGUUCUGGAAACUUUGGUGGUGGUCGUGGAGGUGGUUUUGGUGGGAAUGACAACUUUGGUCGUGGAGGGAACUUCAGUGGUCGAGGUGGCUCUGGUGGCAGUCGAGGCGGUGGUGGCUAUGGUGGCCGUGGGGAUGGCUAUAACGGAUUUGGUCAUGAUGGAAGCAACCCUGGAGGUGGCGGAAGCUCUAAUGAUUUUGGCAAUUACAACAAUCAAUCCUCAAAUUCUGGACCCAUGAAAGGAGGAAAUUUUGGAGGCAGAAGCUCUGGCCCCUAUGGUGGUGGAGGCCAAUACUUUGCCAAACCACGAAACCAA